AUAUUUUGUAUUCAGUUAUAGUUAAAAAUAAUUUUGGUAUAGACACCGUGCAAACUGACAACUAGCGCUCUGGGGAGAUAAUGUACAUACUAAUCGAUAGCAACAAAUAUGCGUAAAUAAUACAUUCAUGCAGUAAAACCGUUGUAUUUUAUUGUAUGUAAUUCACUACAUUCAAAUAUUACGUCAAUUCUGAUUGUACCUUGUCUUAACACAAUAUGCACUUUUUAAUUAAAUCAGGACUGAUCAGUCCUUUGACCCAUGUGUGGGUCACAUUAAACCUAUUUUAUUAGUCCAUGAUCCACAUGUGGUUCAUUCAUACAUUUACCUAUUUAUACAUUAUUUAUAUUUGUUUCAACUACAUCCUAUGAAAUUCAUAAUAACCUUGUUGAACUGGUGAGAUGAUAAGCUUUCUAAAGCUUAUCAAUUUUCAAUAGGGACUAAUCAAUUAACUAAACCACGAACCAUAUAUGGAUCACCAGACCCUGAACGUCUGAACUUGUUGGUAUGUCGUGUUAUGACUUAUGGCAGACUUAAAAAUUAAAUGUGGUUUCCAACCAGUCACAUGUAAUUUUAUUUUUCCAAAUGACAAAGGCAAAAGAUUAGUAGAAAGUGGACAUUUAAUUAAUGUCGAAGAAAUAAAACUGGCUACUAAUCAUAUUGCACCUAGAAUAAAAGGACUAUGUACAAGGCAAACUUCUGUGUCUUAUGAUCCAUGGACAGUUAUUCUUGAAAUUGAUGGAACUAGAAGAGUUAAAAAUACAUCUUGUGAUUGUCCUGCUGGCGUAGGAGGAAAAUGCAAACAUAUAUGUGUAUUAAUUUACUACAUUAAUAAUGAGCAACUAAUUUCUAAAACAGACUUGCCCCAACAAUGGGGAAAACCUUCAAAGGCUGGAGAAUUGAAGUAUAAAAAAAGGUAGAACAAUUCAAGACUUAUUCCCAUGUAAAAGGCAAAAACAUUUUAUAGAUUAUGUAACUCAUAAAGAUUAAAUUUCAAUGCAUAACAUUUUAAGUAUACCAUGUAGCUUAAGUACACUUUUAAAAGAAGAAAGCCUUACUGAAACAGAAAGACAGUGUAAACAAAUUUUGAAUUCCAUCAUUGAUCAAGUAGAACUAGAUUUUACAUAUUCUUUAAAUAAAAAUCAUUUCUCAUUUAUAUUACUUAACAAAAAAAUAUUGUUUAUAAAUAAUACUCCUUCAUCGAAAUUUCCACUUAAUUUUAAUGAAAACAGUUUUUACUUCACUAAUAUUGCUUUAUUGGCAGACAAUCUGUUAAGUAUUUAUAAUUUAACUAUGAGCCAGUCUUCUUCAGAAAUUUGGAAAAUCUCUAGACAUUUUCGUAUUUCAGCUAGUAUGAGGGCACAUAAAAUUAAAACAUGUCAUAAUUGGACGGACAUAGGUCUCAAUAAGCUUGCUAACUCUUUCCUAAAAAGAACUGACUUAGGUAUGAAAGGUAAUAUUAAUGUUAAAUAUGGUAAUUUAAAUGAACCUCUAGCUUUUGAAAAAUACCAAGAGUUAUAUGAUGAUAUUAUAGUACUUAAGGCAGGACUUAUUAUCCAUCAUAAAACACCAUGGGUGUGUGCCAGCCCAGACGGUAUUGUUAUCAAAAAUGGAAAUAUUGAAAGAAUUCUUGAAAUAAAGUGCCCUAUCUCUUGCAAAAAUAAACAAAUUAUUAAAAAUGGAGUACCUAAUUUAAAAUAUUUAGAAUUUGUAAAUAAUAAAUUAGAACUAAAAAAAUCUAAUGUAUACUAUACCCAAGUCCAGGUAUUAAUGUAUUGUGCAGGUUUAAAAUACUGUGAUUUAUUUAUCUAUAAUAAUAUUGAGCCUGUUUUGUUAACUAUUAAUAGAGACGAAUACUUCCUUAAUUCUUUAAUGCCCAAAAUUGAAUAUUUUUACUUUCAUUUUUAC